CAGAUCAAGCAAACGCCCGCGUCAGAGUUAAACCUGCUUUCUCUUGUGCAUCGUGAAGACCUCGUCCUCUCACUACCUGUUCUACUCCUAGCAACCUUCGUUUUCGAGCUGAACACUUUCUCAAGAAACACCAAGACUCAAUUCGCCAUGUCCCGCAGAGUAAACGCGUCGACCGACGCUGCAAAGGAGGUCACCGCCACCAUGGACAAGCAGAAGCGACUGCUGGAGGAGUCUGACCCCGGUCACUUCUCCAUGGUCCGCGCAAUGCAUCUUGCCGACCUGAUCACUCUCCUGAAUGGCUUCUGCGGUAUCAACUCUGUCAUGUCCUCCCUCCGCUACUGCAUGGGCAACCCCAAUGAUCUCGGCAACCUCUGGGCUGCUCUGGCCUUCAUGCCCUUCGGUCUCUUCUUCGAUUUUAUGGAUGGCAAGGUCGCUCGCUGGAGAAAGAAGAGCUCUCUGAUGGGUCAGGAGCUCGAUUCGCUUGCUGAUUUGGUACAACUUCCAUUCUCUCACGGC